AUGUCUAUUCAUCGUUGGCAGACAGUGUACGGUACACCCCAUGUUUCUGGUCGUGCAUCAGGCCAAUUGCUAGCUUCGAAUCUGGAGCUCAGCUUCUGGGGCGGCGUUGACCAUGUCACUGGAGAGGUCAUUGAUCACUCUCACCCUCUGUACCGGCAGCGUCUGAAGAACAAGAUUCUGGCAAUCCCAGGGGGGCGCGGAUCAUGCUCAGGCAGUGCCACGAUACUAGAGUUGAUAGUGAACGGCAAUGGACCUAGAGCUUUGAUCUUUGAGCGGACCAACGAGAUCCUCGCCGUUGGCGUCUUCGUCGCGGAGGAACUGUUUGGAAAAACAAUACCUAUGUUGAUCGUAAGUCACAAGGGCUUCAGAUCUAUUUUGGGCUGGAAUGGGAAGGAGGUCCACGUUCAAAGCCAUCGAAUCUCUACGUACCCAUUGGAGCCAAGUGUCAACGAUACAUCCUUGAGUCCUCCCAUCGACGCUCAUCUUCAUACACCUGAGCUCUCAGAAAUGGACAAGGCUAUGCUUCAAGGUGGCUAUAAGAAUGACAGCGGGUACAGCAAAGCUCAAGCGUUUGCCAUGAAGAUCAUCAUCCGAACAGCAUCGAUCAUGAAUGCCCCUUCUCUGAUGUCCAUCAGCCAAGCACAUGUAGACGGUGCUCACUUUGGGCCAGCAUCUGUUUUGUUCGGCAAACGACUACGCGACUUAGGUGGUAACUUUGCUGUCUCAACCACCGUGAACGCCAUCACUAUUGAUCAGCAGCGCUGGAGAGAUCUUAGUGUCGAUAUGAGUUUUGGCACGGAGAGCGAAGAACUGGCAAGAGCAUUCCUCGAGAUGGGUGCGAAGAUGUCGUUCACCUGUGCGCCUUACCAGCUCGACUCAGCACCAAAACUGGGCGAUCAAGUGGCAUUUGGCGAGUCUAACGUAGUGUGCUACGCGAACAGCGUACUCGGUGCAAGGACAGCCAAGUACCCGAACAUGCUCGAAGCGCUUAUCGCCUUGACAGGUCGCGUUCCUAGAGCUGGGAUCCACCUACCGGAGAACAGGCUUCGUGGAACCCCACUUGGCGACUCUUUCUGGCCUCUGCUCGGCUACGAAAUCGGCACAAAAGCAGCAUCACGCAUCCCCAUCAUUGCCGGUUUCGAGUACAUGAAGCCGCCGCCUUCUCGAGACGCUCUAAAAGCCUUCUCCGCUGCCUUUGCUACCAGUGCUGGAGCGCCCAUGUUCCACAUGCUCGGUGUCACACCAGAAGCAGAACAACAUAGGGCCCUGAAAGAGUCCAACACAUUGAGCCCCGGGAUAGCCAUCACCUGGAAGGACCUCGAAGCUACCUGGAUAACGUUCAACCAGAAUUCUGACUUUCAAAUCCCAGUACGUACUGUCGACCUCAUAUCCCUAGGAAACCCGCAUUUCUCACUCCUCGAACUGAAAACCCUCUCCCAUCUCGUCCACGGUCGCAUCAAAAGCCCAUCGACGUCAGUCAUCGUCACGACGUCCCGUGCACAACACAGUCUCGCAACACAAGCGGGCUACAUCGCCCAACUUGAGGCCUUCGGCGUCCAGGUGCUAACCGACACGUGUUGGUGUUUUAUCCGCGAUCCGGUGAUCAAGAAGGACGUGAAGUGCAUUAUGACAAAUUCGGGGAAGUAUGCGCAUUACGGCCCUGGACUUACGGGGCGAGAGUUCUGCUUUGGGGGUUUGGAGGAGUGUGUAGAGAGUGCGUGUUCGGGGAGAUGGGAGGGAAAUAUGCCGGAAUGGAUACAGGCCGGGGUGCAAAAUUCGCACUGA